AUGGAGGCACAGCUCUGCUCUGAAGCUGGCGCCAAGACACCCGAGGCCCUUCGCUUCCAUGCAGAGACCAAGGGCACGCAGGUGAGUCUGGAAACGCAGCGUUGCAUGGCCCGGUGUCAGGCCACGUUCCAUGGCGGCAUCGUGUUCAGCCAGCAGUCGUUGAAGCCUGGCGAAUGUGUGGCACUGCGUGUGUUGCGUGACGAGGACAGAUGGUGCGGCGACCUCCGCGUGGGCUUCACGCGCCUGGACCCCGCUCGCGUGCCCGCGCCCAGCCUGCCGCCCUUCGUGUGCUCAGACCUGGAGGAGCAAAGCCAGACAUGGGUGGCCGUGCUGCCCGAGCCGAGCCGAGGCCAGGUUUUUGCUAAAGUCAACUCAGGACCCUGGGUCCUGCUGCGCAAGGGUGUACUCAUGGGCACCCCUCUCUGGGCCGUGAUGGACAUUUACGGGACCACUAAGGCCAUCGAACUGCUAGGUAAAUCAACCCUCUACCCCAUGGCCAACCCACCACCAACCACCACACCAUGGACCCUCAGUGACAAUGUUCUGCUUAGGCCUGAAGCCAGAGGAGGAGAGGAGUGCACCAUCUGUUUUGACCACACCACCAACACCCACCUUCUCCCCUGUGGCCACUCUCACUUCUGCAACUCCUAUGCCUGGAGGGUCUACAUGGACACGGACAAGUGCCCAGUAUGCUGCUGGGAGAUCGAGGCUGUGACACUGGUGAAGGACCCUCUUGCUCUGAAAUCUGAGAAAGGCUCAUGA